AUGACCCCUUCAAAAACUUCUGUUACCUCGGUUCUUUCUUCAAUUAAUACAUCUCCUCGUUCUCCAACUUUUCAAUCUUUCUCUCCUCGUACUUCUGUUCCUUCUUCUCCAAUUGGUCAUCAAAAGAUGAAUAGUUCUUCGGAGAUAACCACUCAUUCCUAUCGUGACUCUGGUUAUUUCAGAGAUACUUUGACAAGAGAACAAAUGAGCGCUCAAAGAACUAUUAAAGAAUUGGAAAAGAAAGUUGCUGAUCUUACUGCUGAAAUCGAUCGUUCAAAAAGUGAACAUCAAGAAUCAAUCGAUUUGAAUAGGACUCAUGUUAGAAAAAUCAAACAAAUGGAACUUGAAUUGUCACAAGUUAAAAUUGUUAAUAAAACUAUGUUGGAUGAUAAUAAAAAGUAUCAAUCAAUGUUGAAUGAUAAGGAUGCCGAGUUAAAAGAAUUGUAUGAGAAUGAAGUGGCAAAGAAUGCCGCUUUGAGUAAAAACGCUACCGACUCUUCCGAUUUGGACGUUGAAAUUAAUCGUUCUGGUGGAGAACGUGUUCAUAAAGAAAGUGACCAUACUUUAAUUGAAGAACUUCAAAAUGAAAUCAAGACCCUUAAAGAAGAUAACCAAUCAAUGAAUCAAUAUAUUCAAAAAAUGUUAAAUAGAAUAAUGGAAGUGGACGGAUUUGAAGAAACUUUGGCUACAAAUUGGACUCCUGAAUCGCAAAAAAAGAUUUCAAAAGUUAACAAUAGUCGUACUUCAGCUCCGGUAUCACCAAGUCCAAAAAGUACUUCUAACGAUUCUUCAAAUGAUUCACUUCCAUUAAAACCACGUAAUAAAUCUUUAUCGGAUUUUAAAUUUCCACGUACCACCCCUCCUUCAAAUUCUUCAACUGCUAACUCCUCAUCACCCACUACUACGACGUCUAAAUUUUCUCUUACUCCCCUUACUACUUCUUUAAUUAAUUCUCUCUCUUCUCAAAAUGUAAAUGAAGAGAUAAUAAUUGAUAAUGAUUCAGGUUUAAACAACGCGGAUACUACUGCAAGAAAAGUUCGUGGUAGCGAAGAUAAUUCUUCAAAUGGUCUACGACCAAAUACCAAUGUUCCUAGACGUUCUCAAACUAUGAGCAAUGGCUCUAACAAAAGAUUUAGCAUAUUGAAAUGGGGUUCCUACGCCUUUGGUACUAAUGCUGCGGCUCUGGCUGCUGCUAAAAAAGAGGAUCCAAGGAUGAAACCCAUUUUACUCGUUGAAAAAAAUCGCGAAUAA